AUGGCGGCAGAGAAGCUACGGGAUUUGAGUCAGCCGAUUGACGUUGCCUUGCUUGAUGCUACAGUAGCGGCUUUCUAUGGCACCGGAUCUAAAGAAGAGAGAACUGCAGCAGACCAUAUUUUGCGGGAUCUGCAAAAUAAUCCAGAUAUGUGGCUUCAAGUAGUUCACAUUCUAUCAAAUACCCAAAAUUUGAAUACUAAAUUUUUUGCUUUGCAGGUUCUAGAAGGUGUUGUCAAGUAUAGAUGGAAUGCUUUGCCUGUAGAACAAAGAGAUGGCAUGAAAAACUAUAUUUCUGAAGUUAUAGUUAAGCUUUCUAGUGAUGAGAUCUCUUUCCGGCGGGAGAGACUGUACGUCAACAAACUAAAUAUUAUAUUAGUUCAGAUCUUGAAGCAUGAGUGGCCAGCCAGGUGGCUGAGAUUCAUUCCUGACUUAGUUGCAGCAGCAAAAACAAGUGAAACCAUUUGUGAAAAUUGCAUGGCUAUAUUGAAACUUUUAAGUGAAGAGGUCUUCGACUUCUCAAGGGGUGAAAUGACUCAACAGAAGAUUAAAGAGUUAAAACAAUCAUUAAACAGUGAGUUUCAGCUCAUUCAUGAAUUAUGCUUGUACGUAUUAUCAGCAUCUCAAAGAGCUGAGCUUAUCAGGGCUACCCUGGCCACAUUGCAUGCUUUCCUUUCUUGGAUUCCUCUGGGCUAUAUUUUUGAAUCACCACUGCUUGAAACACUCCUCAAAUUCUUUCCCGUGCCUGCUUAUCGCAACCUCACUCUUCAAUGCCUGUCAGAGGUCGCUGCCCUAAGUUUUGGUGAUUUUUACAACAUGCAGUACAUCAAGAUGUAUAAUAUAUUCAUGGUGCAAUUGCAGACUAUUCUCCCUCCCAGCACAAAUUUCCCAGAGGCUUAUGCGAAUGGGAAUAGUGAGGAGCAGGCAUUUAUUCAGAACUUAGCAUUGUUUUUCACUUCAUUUUACAAGUCUCAUAUACGAAUAUUGGAAUCUACACCAGAGAACAUAAAUGCCCUGUUAAUGGGUCUUGAGUAUCUCAUUAAUAUUUCAUAUGUGGAUGAUAACGAAGUUUUUAAGGUGUGCUUGGACUAUUGGAACUCGUUAGUUUUGGAGCUGUUUGAAGCUCACCAUAAUCUGGACAUUCCUGCAGCAACUGUAAAUAUGAUGGGACUGCAGAUGCCUAUGCUAUCCGGCGUGGUUGAUGGACCUGGUUCACAAAUCUUUCAGAGACGGAAACUGUAUGCUGAUCCAAUGUCAAAGUUGAGAAUGCUGAUGAUAUGUCGUAUGGCAAAGCCAGAAGAAGUUCUGAUCGUUGAAGAUGAAAAUGGAAAUAUAGUUCGUGAAACUAUGAAAGACAACGACGUCCUUGUGCAGUAUAAGGUUAUGAAAGAAACACUGAUCUACUUGGCACAUCUUGAUCAUGAUGAUACUGAAAAGCAGAUGCUGACUAAGUUAAGCAAACAACUAAAUGGAGAGGAUUGGACCUGGAACAACCUUAAUACAUUGUGUUGGGCAAUUGGAUCCAUAUCUGGGUCGAUGGUGGAGGAGCAGGAAAACAGAUUUUUAGUGAUGGUGAUUCGUGAUCUUUUGAACCUCUGUGAAAUCACCAAAGGAAAAGACAACAAGGCCGUCAUUGCUAGUAACAUAAUGUAUGUGGUUGGGCAGUAUCCAAGAUUUCUGAGGGCUCAUUGGAAGUUCCUGAAAACAGUAGUGAAUAAGUUGUUUGAGUUCAUGCACGAAUCACAUCCUGGAGUUCAGGACAUGGCCUGUGAUACAUUCUUGAAAAUUGUUCAGAAGUGCAAGCGUAAAUUUGUUCUUGUACAGGUUGGGGAAAAUGAACCAUUUGUUUCAGAACUCUUAACAAGCCUUCCAGCUACUAUUGCAGAUCUUGAGCCUCAUCAGAUACACUCCUUCUAUGAAUCUGUUGGUCAUAUGAUUCAAGCGGAAUCUGACCCCCAUAGAAGGGAUGAAUAUUUACAGAGAUUGAUGGCUCUUCCCAAUCAGAAAUGGGUUGAAAUUAUAGGACAGGCGCGCCAGAGUGUGGAUUUCUUGAAAGAUCAAGACGUUAUCAGGGCAGUUCUAAAUAUAUUGCAGACAAAUACAAGUGCUGCCAAUUCUCUUGGAACAUGUUUCUUGCCACAGAUCUCUCUGAUCUUUUUGGACAUGCUCAAUGUGUACAGAAUGUACAGUGAGCUUAUAUCUACCAGUAUUGCACAAGGAGGCCCCUUUGCAUCGAGGACAUCCAUUGUGAAACUUCUACGCUCAGUUAAGAGGGAAACUCUAAAGCUCAUUGAGACAUUUUUAGACAAAGCUGAAGAUCAACCUCAUAUUGGAAAGCAGUUUGUGCCUCCAAUGAUGGACCCUGUGCUAGGAGAUUAUGCCCGGAAUUUGCCUGAUGCUCGAGAGUCUGAAGUUCUUUCUCUUUUUGCUACAAUAAUUAACAAAUACAAGGGGACAAUGAUUGAGGAUGUUCCUCGCAUAUUUGAAGCUGUUUUCCAGUGUACUUUGGAGAUGAUUACAAAGAAUUUUGAAGAUUAUCCUGAGCACCGUCUCAAGUUUUUUUCGUUACUUCGUGCCAUUGCUGCACAUUGUUUUCCUGCUCUGAUCCAGUUGUCCAGUGAGCAAUUAAAGCUUGUUACGGACUCCAUCAUUUGGGCUUUCCGGCACACUGAACGGAACAUUGCUGAAACUGGACUUAACCUUUUAUUGGAGAUGCUGAAAAACUUUCAGGCUUCUGAGUUCUGCAAUCAGUUCUACAAAACUUAUUUUUUGACAAUAGAGCAAGAAAUUUUUGCUGUUCUGACAGACACCUUUCAUAAGCCUGGUUUUAAAUUGCAUGUACUGGUGCUGCAGCAUUUGUUCUGCCUGGUCGAAUCCGGUAUUUUGACUGAGCCUUUAUGGGACGUUGCUGCAGUUCCUUACCCUUAUCCGAACAAUGCCAUGUACGUUCGUGAAUACACCAUUAAACUUUUGAGUUCGUCUUUCCCCAACAUGACAGCAACUGAGGUGACCCAAUUUGUAAAUGAACUCUUUGAGUCUAGGGCUGACCUUUCCACAUUCAAGAACCACAUACGAGACUUUCUCAUUCAAUCAAAAGAAUUUUCAGCUCAGGACAACAAAGAUCUUUAUGCUGAGGAAGCUGCUGAUCAGAGAGAAAAGGAGCGACAGAGGAUGCUUUCGAUCCCUGGACUCAUUGCUCCCAACGAGAUUCAAGAUGAGAUGGUCAGGGCACCCGUGAAUCCAUUAUCAUACAUUUCGACUUUCCAUCUGUUGUUUUGCUCUCUAUCUUACCGUGUGUGUGGCAAGUUGACUUGUGAUGUAGUUUCUGAUGCCGUCAUGGUGGGAGGUGCAAGUCACGAUGGAGGCAGUGCUGCAGUGGCCUUUGUGUUGGUGGCGUACUGGUUUUUCACUCUAGAUAGCGAGGCAUGUGGCGGUUGCUUUGAUAGGAUGUCAGUUGAUGGUUCCGAUGGCAGUGGAGGUGUAAUUGAAGAUAAAAACAUGGUCAUAUUUGUUAUUUUCGCUGAUUUGGAUUGA